CGAGUGCACGUACGCAGUGGACGCUUGUUGCUCGCUACGCUCAAUGGUUGCGUCGAGCGCCACUGGCGUCGGAUUUCUUUGUCUGGGACAGACGUCACUCAUCACGCUUGCCCUUCAGGAGUUCUGAAUUCCCGCUCAGCCUAACGGCACCCUAUUACUUGCCGUCCCCCUCUUUUUCAGUUAUUUACGGACGAAUAUUCCGUGGAUUUGCAAUUUUGUAAUUGUUUUUCUUAAUGACUGCUGCACAGCACUAAAGUAUUAACAUGGCUUUCAAGAAUAUACUACCGCUCCACAAGGGCGACAGAGAUUCUGGAGAGGAACACCAUCACGAAAACCACCACGAACACCUUCACGAACACCUCCAAGAACAUCUUCAGGAACAUCUCCACCAUGAGAAACGCCAGCGAGCCAACGGGCAUAUCGUCCAGAAGGCAUCUAAAAAGAAGAAGAAACAGCAGAGGGGGUUCACUAGCAAAUGGCGGAACGAGCUUGUCGCCAUGACAGCUGAGUUCUGCGGUACCUUUCUGUUCCUCUUCUUCGCGUUCGGUGGCACCCAAGUCGCCAAUACAGCGGCCAUAUAUAGCGACGCUGCGACUGCGGGUCAGCAGGGGAACAGUAUCACGCAGACGCCGAAUACGAGCGUGCUGCUUUACAUCAGUCUGAUCUUCGGAUUCAGCUUAAUGGUCAACGUUUGGGUGUUCUUCCGUGUCAGUGGUGGGCUCUUCAACCCUGCUGUUACGCUCGGGCUCUAUCUCAUCGGUGCUCUGACCACGGUCCGCGCAAUUCUCUGCUUCAUCUCGCAGAUGAUUGCUGGUAUUUGUGCCGCAGCCGUCGUAUCUGCCAUGUUCCCAGGUCAACUGAACGUUUCAACUACCCUCGGAUCUGGUGUUUCCAUCGCCCAGGGCGUCUUCAUGGAGAUGUUCCUUACGUCUCUGCUGAUCAUCACCAUCUUCAUGCUUGCGGCUGAGAAGCACAAGGCUACCUUCCUCGCGCCUGUCGGAAUCGGGCUGGCAUUGUUUGUUGCAGAAAUGGUCGGGGUGUUCUACACCGGUGGUAGCUUGAACCCUACCCGCAGCUUCGGACCUUGUGUCGUCACCCACAGCUUCCCUAGCUACCACUACAUCUACUGGUUCGGUCCGUUCAUGGGCACUCUGCUAGCAUUCGGCGUCUACAGGAUCAUCAAAAUGGUCGAGUAUCAGACCGUCAACCCCGGACAGGACUUUGAUGACCACGAGGUAUGUUUCUGAGACCGCUUACAGACAAGGACCCUACUGAUAUUGCACAGGACGCACUUUUCAAGCCACCCGAGAACCCCGAAACAGCCGAAGAAGUCGAGCGACCCAACGUCGCCGCCAUCGCCGCUCAGGAAGCCGUCCGUAUUGCAGCAAACUCCUCCGACGACAAGGAAAAAUUCGAAAGCACCUUUAGCGGAAUCGACGGCACGACGUCCUCCUACCACCACUCCUCCAGCUCGCGCGACGGCCAACGCAGCUCCGGCGACGAGUUUGGAAGGAGUCGAACCCACCAGAACGAUUUCGAUCACUUGCCCGGCCAGACGAGUACCCAGACGCAGUCUGCACAAAC